GUUACCCAAACCCCCACGUCUCACUCAUUUCUAUCUUUCCUUUUUCCCCUUCCAUCGUUUUUCUUUUGCCCCUUCCAUCGCUUUUAUUUUUACCCUCUACCCCGUGAACAAUGCAACCUUCCUUCCCUUCCCUUAUUACUUCACUGCAUUUCUUAAUCUCUACUGUCCUUCCACUGCAUUCUCAUGUCGAGGUCGCCUUCUUCUUUGCCCGAUUACGCCAUGGAUUUGGCCAAUGCAAGUGAGCAGUGGGAAUGGGAGGACGGUGGGUAUCAACUUGCCGGGGAUUCUCCAUUUGAACCUAUGGCUUCGGGCCUGUGGAAUGGUUUCAACCCAUCCAAUGAAGAUUCAUUGUAUAUGUUUGAUGAAGCAACACCUAUCAAAGGGUCAACCUCUAUGGAGUAUCCCGUUUGCCCUGAUCAUAAUCAAGGAAGCUUGAGCAAGGGAAUGGAGGUAUGUCGAGAGUCUUCCCAGUCAAAACGACGUCGUGUACUACAAUUCAAUUCUCCAGAGAAAGGACACUGCCCUGAUCAAAGUUCACCUGCAUGUGUAGAUUCAAAGAUGCAAGUCUCGAUUAAUGUCCAGGAUGGGGAGAAUUCUUCCAUGGAAAGAGGAGUUGAUUUGCAUACCAUGGAACAAUUGGGUGCAGAAUCAUAUUGGGCUUCAAGUGUCUCAGAGGAGAGAUGCAACUCAGGAUGUGACAAAAUGGACUGCUCAUCAGAGGGCUGGGUCACUAAGUGCUUUACUGAUAGUGAGAUGCAGAUCAAUGUGGAUGACUUGAACAUUGAUGGAACCCCUGAGGAUGAAAUUGAUGUUUCAGAAUUCUGCACAAUACCUCCUGAAAUGGAAACAGAUACAUGGCAAGAGCCUCUUCCUCCAGCUCCACGCGUCAUUAUAGGUAAAAAAAAGAUUCUUCGAACCCCAAGAAAGCUGGCCACUCCUGUUGCCUAUCCAUUUGCACUCAUAAAACCAUGUGGGGUACAAGGUGAUGUUACUUUGAAAGACAUAAAUCAGAGAAUCCUUACUCCUCGACAAUCAAGGUUGAAGCACAUGAAGGAUGAUGCAUCACCUUCAUAUCCUACUUCUGCAUUUUCAGGGAAGCCUGUGGUUGCCUUGACUAAAAUCCAUACUGAAGGAGGCAAAGGCAGCAUCACAAUCAUGAGAACCAAAGGAUGAGAAUAUAUGUACUUAACCCCUCUGGUGUUCCCAUCAUAUACCUCUUUUUUAGUAGGAGUAGUUCAAUGAUUUCAAAUGGCGUCUCAUGCUCAUAGGCUGUGUUGUUAGUUCGUGUUUGAGUCCUGAUGUAAUUUCUGAUGAUCUGCUUUUUUAUUUCCCUCUCUCUCUCUCUUGUUUUCUUUUUUUGAUGGCCCCCCCGAAAAGGUGGACGGAGGGGGGGGGGUAGGGGUUUUAGGGGGGUGAUUACAUGUAUGUUCAUACUUUGGUUGCUUGUAACCUUUGAUAGGAUGCUCAAAUCAUAAAAUUGUGAUUGAUUUGCCUCUCUAUCAUUGAAACUGUGAUGACAAGAACAAAAGAGUGGAGUUGUAACUAUUUUAUCUUGAAAAUUGGGACUCUCUUCAGUUUGUGUCUUUGUCCA